AUGGCCCGGCUCCUCGUGGUGGCCUGCGGUGUGCUGGAGGUGGCAGUGGUGAUCCCAAGCAUCUUCGCCGAGAUAGAGUUGAUGUCCCUGUCCAUUGGCCCCUGGCCUCUGGUGCUGCGGCUGGCCGUGUCUGUGGUGAGGCUGGCUCCGGUGAUCGGGGCUCUCGCGCGCUGCCUCCUGCUGCCCCGACUCUGGAGGUGCUGCAUCCCGGAGUUCCUGCGAUGGAGGAUGGAGGGUUACACCGGCAUGUUGCAGGCGGCAGAAGUGCGAUGGGGCGUGGCCAUCACACUGGACAUGUGGUAUUUGCUUAGCACGCCCUUGAAUGUGGGCUUGCAGGAGGCUUGGUUCGGUAUCCUCUUGGUCGCCAACAUCUUCCUCUGCUUCGUGGACACGGUGACGCUCUUGGCCGCCCUCUCCACCAAGCCGCGACCGCCUGUGCCGGCGGAGGGGCGCUCCCUCCACCGCGCGCGGCACGUGAAGCUCACUCCGGAGGAGGGGAUGCCGCAGACCUGUGCGAUUUGCCUCUGCGACUUCGAAGAGGACGAGGCCGCGGUGCAGCUGCCAUGUUCGCACGUCUUCCACGGCGAGUGCAUCACCGCGUGGCUCCAGCGCAGCCGGCACUGCCCAAUGCGCUGCCCGGAGCUGGCCGGGGCCUCUGCGGGAGACCUCCCGGGCCUUCGGUUGAACGGUCCUCCCGCCGAGGCGGUCGCGCACUCGAGCCGAGGUGCUCCACCAGGAGCUCGCGUCCUGAAGUUCCAGCUCUUGGCCUGUGGGAUUGCAGCGCUGCUGCUGGGCUCUGCGUUUUCCGCCCUGUCGUUCGUCACGCCCAGGGCAGGGGCUCCUCGGGCACCGAGUCGCGCUGCAGUGCAGUUCUUCGGCUCCAAGGCCCCGGAGCCUGCCAAGUACGAGGAGGAAACGAUUGGGGACAAGAUCAAGGCGGCGUGGAAGAACGAGAACACGCAGAAGUUCAUCGCUUUUGUCGCGACGGCUUCCACCGCCCUGGACGUGCUGGGUCUCUUCACCGGGGAGGCCUCGGUCACCGCCGGCAUCGGUGAGGCCUUGGCAUCCCUGGACACUGGCAUGGCCCUCCAGGAGGGGCAGACCGCGGCGGAAGCCCUGGCAGAUGCUGCACAGUCUGCAGACUUCAGCGAGUCCUCCGAGACCCUGUCUGACUUGACUGAGAACCUGAAGAACCUGAAAUGA